AUGACGUCUUCGGUAGAGGAUACCGUACUUGACCCGACGUUCCUUCUUCCCCAGGACGACCCGGACAUCCUCGAUGAGUUCUUGGACCAACGGGUGUACGAGUCGAUCCAUACCACCCCUCAGCCGCCAUUCGACGAUCCCCUGGUUCCGAAACAGUCCCAGUACCUCUACGAUGACCCGUUGGCAAUGCUGUUUGAACCGCUGCCGGCGCCGGUGACGGAACAAACCAGCCCCAUCCAGGCGCCAUCCCAUCUCCUGCCGGGGCUGUCGGAACUGAGGUUAGACGACUACGACUACAUCCGUGACGAGCUCACCAAAUUGAAGUUUGGCAACCCCCACAUGAACCCGUGUCCCGAGCUGGUGGAUGUUCCUGAUCCGCUGUACAUCAACUUCUCCCCGGAAGUGAUGUCUCGUCUCCCUUACCGUUUGGAUAUUCUGCCGUUGCCGGCUUACCUGCGGGUGGAAACCCAGAUCAAGCUCCAGCUUUCGAUCUCACCCCUGCCUAAGCAAAUGCUCUUGCACAUCCCCCAAGACCUCGUGCUGAAGCACAAAUUUUGCCUCGGUGAUCCGUUAUCGGAGUUGAACCCCCGUAUCAAAGAACUGAUGCUUCAUCUCGACGCUUACGUACUUACGCUGGACUUGACUAAGCUGUGUACUAUCUGUCUGAGAUGUAUCAAGCGGGAGCAAAAGCGGGCGCUGCGUCGCAAACCCGGGUUUUCCGAAAAUACCGAUGACAGCAACGGCCUCGGCCCCGGCGCUCUGCUGUGGGCAGACGAGAACAUGAAGAAGAAAGCGCUCAUUUUCAACUGUAAAGAGGUGAUGCUGUUCCCCGCUCCCAAUGGUGUCGAUGAUCACCUGGAAAAGACCAUGGAGUUAUCGGCGAGAAUUAUCUGCUACUGUCGUCAUCACAAAGAAGCCACCGGUUUCAAGUUGUUAUUUGUGGUCAAAGACAAUAACGGCAACGUCGUUGCCAAGCUGUUGUCGCUGCCGAUUAUGAUCAUGGACCGGAAGAAGACUCUGCUGACCCUGGCGCCAUCAUCGCUGGUAGUGAAGACGGAACUGCAACCGUCGCUGGUAAUGAACUCACUGACUAACUUGAUUGGCCUCGGUGAUGGUAGCCAUUUCGACCAACGCCAACUGUUACUGCAUCUGCUGCCUCUGGACUCCAUGCCGGGGCUUCUGCCACACCUGGUGGACGAACUGGAACUGCAACUGGAGAUUCUGCAUUUGCUUGGUCUCACUGUUCCUGAAGAACGCCGUCCCUUGAAGCGGAAAAAGUUGAGCGUUGACGAUUCCCACAACCAAGCUACUAACCCCAUGUUUAACGGGCAAAUGGGCUUCCUGCCGGUGCUGAAUCUGGAUACCAACACUCUGACGCAGAACUACUUGACAAUGAAGCCGUCCUUGGCGGUCCCAAUGGCAGGCCUGCAACUGGGCCCCCAACCAACACUCCCAUUUAUUCAACGGAUUAUCCCGGCUCAAGGUCCUAUCCGUGGUGGCAUUGAAGUCACUCUUCUUGGGUUUAACUUCCACCAAGGGCUCGCUGUCAAGUUUGGUGCCAACCAAGCGUUAGCUACCCACUGCUGGCUGGAAACCACCAUUGUCACCUAUCUUCCUCCUGCGGCUCACCCUGGCCAAGUACUCGUGCUGUUCGAGAACCAGCCCCUGAUGAUGGGAGGCACUCAGCAACAACAGGUGUUCACCUAUACUGAUGAUACUGACCGUCAACUCAUUGAGCUUGCGCUUCAAAUUGUUGGGCUCAAGAUGAAUGGUAAGCUCGAAGAUGCCAAAAACAUCGCUCGCCGUAUUGUUGGUAGCGAUGCGGGUCUGGGAGCAUCUCUGAUGGCGUCACUGCCGUCGGCGAACCAAACUCAACGAGUUGAAGGCACUCAACAAUGGUUUGACCGCGCCCACCAAGCGGUUGAGCAAUUGGUGGCUCCUCGCCAGCUGAUGCUGACGGAAACCAUCCUCAUUAAUCUUCUCCUGCUAGUCGAUCUUCCUAACUGCCCCAUUGUCAUGGUUAAUUGGCAGUUGAUGAACGGCCAAGGCCAAACGGCGAUGCACUUGGCGACGCUCAAGGGGUACUCGCAAUUGGUGAAGUUCUUGCUCAACCACGGUACUCGGGCCGAUAUCAAGGACAACCAAGGGGUGACGCCGUUAUUCCUCGCUCUGAUGACGGGCCACCGUCAACUCAUGACGAUGUUUUUGGAGUGCCAAUGCAACGGCAACUUGCGCAUGCCUAAUCAACGCUACCUUCAAGAUUAUUGUGAUCCUAACGUGUUGGAUGUGUUCAAUGCGGGCGACUUCAUGGUGAAGCGGGGUCUGGUUGACCUGCUUUCGCUGAUGCUUAACAUGAGCGUUGGUCGCCACGUGCUGCGCAUGGUGAAUGCUCCGUUGAACGACGACGAUGAGCUGAAUCUGACCACCGAGCUUGCUCUGGAACUUGCCGACCUGGAGUAUGAGCUGGAGGAUGAUCAACUGGAAGUCGGUGAAGAACCCCAGCCUGCGCCUAAUGCCAUCCCCGAACGCCAUGGUUUGUGGCAACGGGUGAAGAAUGCGUUUAAUGGCGACCUGGAGGACGAAAUGCUUCCGCUGUACGACGAUUUGUUCCCCUUCGGCCAGCUGCAGGACCAAGCGAAGCCGAAACUGGCGAUUGAACGGAUGCUCAACAACCAGCCGGCGACGGUCACGGACACCACAGGCGAAGACCCAGGGGUGACGCUGGACUCGUCGGAAGACAUGGUUAUUUCCUACAUCAAUCACCCGCGGAAGCUGAUGGAGAACGAUAAGAUGUUGUUCUUCUUCUGGUUGCCAAUGUUGAUGAUCACGGUGGCGGUGUUGUUCAUGGUGCUGGUGAUGGGAUACCGGUUCGAGCUGAUUGAAGGUGUCAAGCUAAUGGUACGUAAUCUGGUGGGCAACCUCAUGGUGGGGCUGGACCGGAUCUCCAGGGUAUUCAAGGAGAAGAUUGCUGGGUAG